GGAGCGUAUUUCCUGUAUCUGCCUUCUCUAUCGUCCUCUCGCUCGCGCUCUGUCAAGCUGCUUUGCUAUCAAACUCAAGUAAAGCGCGGUGAAGAACCGUCGAGCUCCGAGUGACGGAUAACCGACUUCUGCUCCCCGAAACAUCCCCAAGUCCAGCCCUGGAUUCAAUACUUAUCAUCAAUGGACAGAGCUUUCUUCCCAACCAGGCGAGGUAUAGACACCGCGUAAACAGUCCGUACGCUCUGUUGGGAGCCCCUCCUGGAGGUUGGUGGGGGAUGGAGCGUGGUGGUACGGAGAGCCCCUGUCUGCGGGACAGUCCCGAGCAGAGAGGGGACAGCCCGGACACCUGUGGACCCCCGCCGGGCAAGAUGAGCCGCCUGGAGGUCAACGGGAGCCCCACGGGUACACGCACGCGCCUCAACGGCACCCCGCUACGGCCCCUCGGAGGUCUGAUGAUCCCUGUGUAUUGUGUAGUGGAGCAGGCAGAUGGUGGCGUGUCUGGGGGUGUGGUCUCUGACGGGGAUGGGCGUGGUGACAGACAUGCUGAGUUUGUAUUGGUUCGUAAGGACAUCCUCUUCACCCAGCUGGUGGAGACAGCCCUCGUGGCCCUGGGCUACUCCCACAACUCUGCCGUGCAGGCGAGAGGCAUCAUCAAAGUGGGCCGCUGGAACCCCAUGCCCAUCCACUACCUGACUGACGCCCCCGAGGCCACCGUCGCCGACAUGCUGCUGGACGUCUAUCACAUGGUCACCCUACGCAUCCUACUGCAGAGCUUUGCCAGGCUGGAGGAUCUGCCGUCAGAGCAGUGGAACCACGCUACGGUGAGGAACGCCCUCAAAGAGCUACUGAAGGAGAUGAACCAGAGUUCCCUGGCCAAGGAGUGCCCCCUCUCUCAGAGUAUGAUCUCUGCCAUAGUCAACAGCUCGUACUAUGCCAACGUGUCCACCUCCAAGUGCCAGGAGUUUGGCCGCUGGUACAAGAAGUACAAAAGGAUUCAAGGUGAAUACCUGGAGAAGAUGUGGUCAGGACGGGAUAAACCUAACAUUAAAGUGGAGAGGGACAGCAUGUCAGACGUAUGUGUCCUUGGACAGCGCCCCCUCUCUCACCUGACCCCACCAACCCAGCUUGGAGGGUUACCCCUCAAGGUUGGACUAGGGGACCCCCAAACCCCCAGCCAGCAACAGGCCCUCCCCCACCCGUCUCAGCAGCACUCACCCCACAGACAGCACCACCACAGCCCCCCGCCCAGAGGCCAGCCGCCCCCUCCCGGUCCUCCGGACUCCCUCCAACCCUUACUGGGCCCGGGCGGUCUCCUCUCUCCCCAGCUCAGCCCUCAGCUGGUCAGGCAACAACUGGCCAUGGCCCACCUCAUCAACCAGCAGCUAGCCGUUAGCCGCCUGUUAGCCCACCAGCACAGUCCGCAGGCCCUCCACCAGCAGCAGCACCAACAGUUCCUCAACCACCCACCCAUCCCACGCUCUUGCAAAGCCCCAGGAGGCCUCACUGAUCCCGGGAUGAAUCCGUCGGCCGUGGAGGUCUGUCCGGACAUCUACCAUCAGGUCAGAGAGGAGCUGAAGAGGGCCAGCGUCUCUCAGGCUGUGUUCGCCAGGGUGGCCUUCAACCGCACACAGGGCCUGCUGUCUGAGAUCCUUCGUAAAGAGGAGGACCCUCGCCAGGCCUCCCAGUCACUCCUGGUCAACCUCAAAGCUAUGCAGAACUUCCUGAUCCUCCACGAGAGCGAACGCGACCGCAUUUACCAGGAGGAGCGUGAACGCAGCAUGAACCCCAACCUCAACCUAGGCACCUGCAGCCCAAGCCCCCUGGCCCAGGUCAGUGAUGAGCUGCCCCUGAAGCAGGAGUCCCUGAUCAACAUCACCUCAGGGAUCUAUGAUGAGAUCCAGCAGGAGAUGAAGAGAGCCAAGGUGUCCCAGGCCCUGUUCGCCAAGGUGGCCGCCAACAAGAGCCAGGGCUGGCUGUGUGAGCUGCUGCGUUGGAAGGAGAACCCCAGCCCGGAUAACCGGACUCUGUGGGAGAACCUGUGUACCAUUAGAAGGUUCCUGACCCUGUCCCAGGCUGAGAGGGACAUGGUGUAUGAAGAGGAGUCCAAGCACCACUACAGUGAGAGGCUCCACACUAUCCUCCACAUGUCUCCAGAACCACAGGCUGUGCACAGGCAGCCCUUCCCUCCUAGGAAGGCCCCAUCUCCAUCUCACAUGCGGGACCCAUCCCCUCUACCCACUCCCAUGCCUGGCCCCAGGGGCCACAACUCAGAUGGGACUCAAGGCAGAGACAACGGCAGCGUGAGUGGCAGCUCCAGUGGUGGAUCCAAAAAGCUGCGGUCGCGUACCCGGAUCUCCCUGGAGGCUCUGGCCAUCCUGCAGAGCUUCAUCGGUGACGUGGGCCUCUACCCUGACCAGGAGGCUAUCCACACCCUGUCGGCCCAGCUGGACCUGCCCAAGCACACCCUGGUCAAGUUCUUCCAGAACCAGCGCUACCACGUCAAGCACCACAACAGCACCACCCAGAUGAGCGAUGCAGGGGGGGGGGGAGGCGUGGGAGGAGAGGGACGCCACACACCCCAGCAGGCAGCGCUCCACCCCAGCAGGCAGCGCUCCACCCCCAGCAGGCAGCCCUCCACCCCAGCAGGCAGCGCUCCACCCCCAGCAGGCAGCGCUCCACCCCGAGCAGGCAGCGCUCCACCGCAGCAGGCAGCGCUCCACCCCAGCAGGCAGCGCUCCACCCCAGCAGGCAGCGCUCCACCCCAGCAGGUAGCGCUCCACCCCAGCAGGCAGCGCUCCACCCCAGCAGGCAGCGCUCCACCCCAGCAGGCAGCGCUCCACCCCAGCAGGCAGCGCUCCACCCCAGCAGGCAGCGCUCCACCCCAGUUAUCUGUGAGUUUAGCUCAUCAUCACCUCUGA